UUCGAAUGGCAGACUCGACUAUGCUUCAUUGAGCGCUGGACGAAUAAAUCUAAAGGAAAAAAGAUUGAACAUCGACAAAGGAGAGAGUCAUAAUGGCAACAAGGAUGAACGCAUCUUUACAAUUGAAGGCCUGAACACGAACGGGUUCGACAAACCGUGGUGGAGAGAAACGACGCCCAAAUCAUCUGUAUGUAUUUGCUACAUUCUCGGCCAAUUCAGAGUUGUUAUCGAAAUCCUCAAGAUGUUCUGUCGUCGCCGACAACUGGGAAGAUAUAUCAUCGUAGUUACUGGUGUGUUGUUCAUUCUACUGAUGACGUACGGUUGGACUAGGAAGUCAUGGAUGAGGGAUGAGGAGGGAAAAGAAAUGAAAGAGAGAGCAGUGGAACCAUCAACCCCUCGUAUGCCUCUUAGAUACUUUUCUCGUGUCAUACAGAACGGUGCAUCCUUGGAUGAAGAAAUUCGACACGAUCUUGGCGAAACGGAGCCUCAAAAUUCCAGUUGUUGGAGACAAGUUCAAAUAUGGAGCCAAGAUAUUUAUAAUAUCCGACCACAAGGGAUACAACCGUGUCCGGGAAUACCCUGUGGUAUUCAAUUGGUCUUUGACACGAGCUAUCAAACCUUGAAAGACAGCCACGCCGUCUUGCUCUAUCACGUUUCCCAGUGGAAUUGGGAUGAACUGACAAGCCAUAAACCGAAAGGGCAAAAAUGGAUCUUUUUCUCUCACGAAAGUCCAAUUAAUACACGAAAGGACAUCAUCCCGCCUCAAAAGUACAUUAACAUAUCAUAUGACUAUUUAAUGUCCUUCCGCUUCAGGGAGUCACAUCUCUAUGGUAGCUAUGGAUACUACGAUACUGUCAAUCCCUCGAUUGCUUUGAACGAUACGCGAAAUUGGGCAGAUGGUCGGAAAAGGAAGGUGGCCUGGUUGGCUUCCAACUGUGGGAACAGCCCAUUUCUCCACUGGAACAGGACAGGGUUCGUCAGAGAACUCUCCAAACUUGUGGAUGUCGGAAUGUACGGAAAGUGUGGUGAAGCAGGUGCCUGUCCCUCAAGGUAUCAACAGGUAAACGGAAAUGACUAUUUGUCCUCUUGUAACGAUUUCCUUCGGCAGUUCAAGUUCUACCUCGCCCUUGAGAACUGCGCCUGUCGGGACUACAUGAGCGAAAAAUUCUGGAACCAUGCUUACAAUCUAGAUUUGGUCCCCAUUGUGUUUGGACCAAGCCGCGCAGACUACAAGGCGGUAGCUCCACCGAAUUCAUUCAUCCAUGUGGAGGACUUUGAAACGAUCCAGGACCUGGCCGACUAUAUAAAUCUCUUGGACAAGAAUGACCAUCUGUACAACAAAUUCUUUGAAUGGAAAAAAUAUGGGUCUGUAGUCGUCAGUAGAGAACAGUGGCUCUUUGAGCCUAAGAAUAUGUGUCAAGUCGUCAGGAGACUGUUAGCUGACGAGAAGGCAGAAAGGGAGGGUAUCCAGACGCCUGCCCUUCCCGACUUAACAGAGUGGUGGACAAAUUCAUGUCGCCAAAGCAUUCCAGAAUUUCCAAUUAAGAUGCAGAGACAAUAGCAAUGUAGUCUUUCAGGACAUGUGGAUAUAUAUAUAUACACUCGAUGAAUUUAUAUGAAAUCUGGUAUUUAUGUGCUUGGAAUAUCUUUCCCAUGAAGAUAUCGUUGUCAAGCUAUAUGAAUAUUCUGAUAUGUGAUUUGUUUAAAAAUGUAUUUAUGUCAACGCUUGAAAUUGAUGAAGUUAAAAGUGUUCCAUGGGAUCUAUGUCUUAAUCUCAGAAUGUUCUUUUUGGAAAAAGAAAUAACUUCGUGUUCUUAAUUUCGUGGUCUUGAUUUUCACAAAACCUUCCUAUUUGACUUCCAUCAUUAUAUUUAUAUUUUUGUAAUGGCUAUUUGAAUAGGUGUGGACAUUUUUUUGCGAUAGGGGUAAUGAUCGUACAUCAGCCAGAUUUAGGAAUAUCUAUACAUCUCUACAUUGUGUCGACAUGUGUUCUUGAUGGUAAAAUGAUCGUGUAUUGAAACCAGGUAUGACAAUAUACACAGAUGUCGACAUGUGAUUACGAAGGAUCAAACGAUCGUCUAUCAACCAAAUAUGACAUUAAACGUUGGUGUCAACAUGUGUUUAUGAGAGAGCAAAUAAUUGUGUAUCAACUAGAUAUGUCGACGUGUUUUUUUUUGGUGGCGAGAUAACAGUUUAUGAACAGCCAGAUCUUACAAUAUGCAUUGAUGUCGACAUGACUUCACGAAGGAUCAAAUGAUCGUCUAUCAACCAGAUAUAAUUUUGAAUAUUUAUAUGUGUGUCGACAUGUGAUUUCGAAGGAGAAAAUAAUCAUGCAUCAACCAGAUAUGUCGACAUGUUUUCUUGAUGAUGAAAUGAUCGUGUAGCGAAAACAUUAUACAUUGGUGUCGAAAUGUGUUUACAAAGUGGCAAUUGAUCGUGUAUCAAAACCAAUUAUGAUAAGACAGUAUACCCGGGUGUUUGUUGGUUUAUAUUUUUCCACCAUGCAAAACGAUUAUGCCCCAUUGAAAGAAAA